UUGAGUUUGUAAAAAACUUUUGAUCUCACUUCUGUGCAUCAUUAGUAAAUGGUGUUUAAUACUGUAUUGAUAGCUGUAGGAAGUACAGUGUCCCAAGUAAACUUUUCUAGCUGGUUCUACUCUUUUAAGAAAACCAACCAAUAUUUACUAGGCAGAAAGAUAAUCCAGAGUGCACUCACUUCUAAAGCUGCAACCCUGUAAUGCCAUGGGUCAGCUUCCCAGACUGUGGAUUUUAGGUGGGUGAAGGAGAAAAAAGCAGUAGAAGAGGUAGGCUGAGCAAGGAGGUUGUCCUAGGGUGACUGUUAUCCCCAUUCGUGUGUAUGUAAUUUAUGCUGGAUAUUAUGUUCUGUGCCUUUAAGACUGGCAGAGUGAGAGUUUUGUUUUGGGCCUCUUAUCAGCCACUCGGCAGGACAUACAGAUAGCACCAGUGCAUGUUGCGGCUUUUUUGCUUUUUGCCCUGCUAUUUGCUUUCGCUCUUGCUUCUGCUUUGCUUCUGCUUUGGUUGCUCUUGCUUUUUUUCCCCCCUUCUCAUUAGUUACUUUAGCUAAACAGUCCAAAUUCCUUUCUGGACUGUUCCCCCCACCCCGUUGGACCUGCUGACUGCUCCGGACUGGGAUUUAGAACACGGAGAGAGAGGUUACACCUUGUGACUGCAGCAGCUGCCUCAGCGCCGGAGGGACUGAUAACAGCAAACCCCCAGGAGAGACUUUUCUGAUUUUGUCAUCUUUCUCAGAGCAGUGGAAGAGUGGUCUCAUCUGGUAUUGUUCAUUGUGUGUGCUGGGGGGUGCUGUGAUUGUCAAAUAAACAGGUUCUUUCCACCUCUCUCCGAGGAAUUCUUCCCAAACCAACUGGGGGAGGGGCCGUGUGGGUUUGCUUUUGGAGAAGCCCUUUUUGGGGAUUCUCUCCCAAAUUUUCCCUAAACCAGGACAAAUUUUGGCGCCCAACAUAGGUAGAGGCUAGGGAAAACCGUGUUUUUUGGACUGUGUGGAUUCGUUGGUCUGGCACAUCUGAACCACAAGAAUACGAAGCUUUGGUUGACACUGGUGCGCAGUGCACAUUAAUCCCAUCGAGACAUGUGGGGACGGAGUCUGUUUCUAUUGCCGGUGUGACAGGGGGAUCCCAGGAUUUCACCUUGGUGGAAGCGGAUGUGAGCCUGACGGGAAAUGAGUGGAAGAAACACCCCAUUGUGACUGGCCCGGAGGCCCCAUGUAUUUUGGGCAUAGAUUACCUUCGAAGUGGGUAUUUCAAGGACCCAAAAGGAUAGCAGCUCUAGUGACUAAGGGCAUCCAGCAAUUGAAUACUUUGCCUGGACUGUCAGAAAAUCCAUCUGCAGUAGGACUUCUGAAGGGAGAAGAGCAACAGGUGCCAAUUGCCACUUCCGCAGUGCAUCGACGGCAGUAUAGAACCACUCGAGAUGCUGUGAUCCCCAUCCAUAAGAUGAUCCGAGAGCUGGAGAGCCAAGGGGUGGUCAGCAAGACCCACUCACCCUUCACAGCCCCAUUUGGCCUGUGCGUAAAUCUGAGGGAGAAUGGAGAUUGACGGUGGACUACCGUGCAUUGAAUGAAGUGACUCCACCACUGAGCGCUGCUGUGCCAGACAUAUUAGAGCUCCAGUACGAGCUAGAGUCCAAGGCAGCAAAGUGGUACGCCACUAUUGACAUUGCCAAUGCAUUUUUCUCCAUUCCUCUGGCAGCAGAAUGCAGGCCUCAGUUUGCUUUCACCUGGAGGGGAGUGCAGUAUACCUGGAACCGACUGCCCCAGGGGUGGAAGCACAGUCCCACCAUCUGCCAUGGACUGAUCCAGACCGCACUGGAAAAGGGUGAGGCUCCAGAACACCUCCAGUAUAUUGAUGACAUCAUUGUGUGGGGGAACACAGCCACAGAAGUGUUUGAGAAAGGACAGAAAAUCAUGCAAAUCCUCCUGGGAGCUGGUUUUGCCAUUAAAAAGAGCCAAGUAAAGGGACCAGCUCGUGAGAUUCAGUUCCUGGGCGUGAAGUGGCAAGACGGACGGCGUCAGAUCCCAACAGAUGUCAUUAACAAGAUCACAGCUAUGUCCCCACCAACCAAUAAGAAGGAAGCGCAAGCUUUCCUAGGUGCCAUAGGCUUUUGGAGAAUGCACAUUCCCGAGUACAGUCAGAUUGUCAGCCCUCUUUACCUGGUCACCUGCAAGAACAAUUUCCACUGGGGCCCUGAGCAACAACAAGCUUUUGCCCAGAUCAAGCAGGAGAUUGCUCAUGCAGUAGCCCUUGGUCCGGUCAGGACAGGACCAGAUGUGAAGAACAUGCUCUACGCUGCAGCCGGGAACCAUGGCUUGUCCUGGAGCCUUUGGCAGAAGGUGCCUGGGGAGACUCGGGGUCGACCACUAGGAUUUUGGAGUCGAAGCUACAGAGGCUCUGAAGCCAACUAUACUCCAACGGAGAAAGAAAUUUUGGCUGCCUAUGAAGGAGUCCAAGCUGCCUCAGAGGUAAUUGGCACGGAAGCACAACUCCUCCUGGCACCCGACUGCCGGUGCUGGGGUGGAUGUUCAAAGGCAAGGUUCCUUCCACUCAUCAUACCACCGACACUACAUGGAGCAUGUGGAUUGCCCUUAUCACUCAGCGCGCCCGUAUAGGUAAACUGAAUCGCCCUGGGAUUUUGGAGGUGAUUACAACUUGGCCCGAAGGUGAGAAUUUCGGUGUCACAGAUGAAGAACCAGAACCAGUGAGACGGGCUGAAGAGGCCCCUCCAUAUAACCAGCUGCCCCCAGAGGAAACACGCUACGCCCUUUUCACGGACGGUUCCUGUCACAUUUUAGGGAUGAACCGGAAGUGGAAAGCAGCCAUAUCGAGCCCCACACGACAGGUCACUCAAGCUACCGAAGGAGAAGGUGGAUCGAGCCAACUUGCUGAACUCAAAGCUGUUCAGCUGGCCCUGGACAUUGCUGAGAGAGAGAAAUGCCCAGGCUCUACCUUUACACUGAUUCAUGGAUGGUAGCCAAUGCUCUGUGGGGAUGGCUGGAGAGGUGGAGAGAGGCCAAUUGGCAGCGUAAGGGGAAACCAAUUUGGGCUGCUGAUGAGUGGAAAGACAUCGCUGCUAGGGUAGGGAAGCUACCUGUGAAGGUCCACCAUGUAGACGCCCAUGUCCCCAAGAGUAGAGCCAAUGAGGAGCACCAACAAAUUGAGCAGGCAGACCAGGCUGCAAAGAUAGAGGUGUCAAAGGUAGACCUAGAUUGGGAACACAAGGGAGAGUUAUUCCUAGCUCGGUGGGCCCAUGAUGCCUCAGGCCAUCAAGGCAGGGAUGCCACCUAUAAGUGGGCAUGAGACUGAGGGGUGGAUCUAACCAUGGACAGUAUUUCUCAGGUUAUCCACGACUGUGAGACGUGUGCUGCCAUCAAACAGGCCAAGCGAGUGAAGCCCCUGUGGUAUGGUGGGUAGUGGUCCAAGUACAGGUAUGGGGAGGCCUGGCAGAUUGACUACAUCACACUGCCGCAGACAUGCCAAGGUAAGCGCUACGUGCUGACCAUGGUAGAAGCCACCACUGGAUGGUUGGAAACCUACCCUGUGUCUCAUGCCACUGCCCGUAACACCAUCCUAGGCCUUGAAAAGCAGGUCCUUUGGAGGCAUGGUACCCCUGAGAGGAUUGAGUCAGACAAUGGGACUCAUUUCAAGAACAGCCUUAUCAACACCUGGGCUAGGGAACAUGGCAUUGAGUGGGUGUACCAUAUCCCCUACCAUGCACCAGCUGCAGGCAAAGUGAAGAGGUGCAAUGGACUGUUGAAAACCACUUUGAAAGCGUUAGAUAGGGGAUCCUUCAAAAAUUGGGAGCAGCACUUAGCAAAGGCUACCUGGUUAGUUAACACUUGAGGUUCCACUAACCGAGCAGGUCCUGCCCAGUCUGAGUCCCUGAAUAUAAUAGAUGGAGUUAAAGUCCCAGUGGUACAUGUCAGAGGUUUGUUAGGGACGACAGUGUGGAUCAAUUCUGCCUCGAGUACAGACAAACCCAUUUGUGGGGUUGUCUUUGCUCAGGGACCAGGAUGCACAUGGUGGGUGAUGCAGAGAGAUGGAACAACACGAUGUGUACCUCAGGGAGAUCUGAUUGUGGGGUGAGAAUGAAAUUGUUUGACGAUAUGGGGAUAAGGGGUGGAAUGUCCUAGGGUGACUGUUAUCCCCAUUCGUGUGUAUGUAAUUUAUGCUGGAUAUUAUGUUCUGUGCCUUUAAGACUGGCAGAGUGAGAGUUUUGUUUUGGGCCUCUUAUCAGCCACUCGGCAGGACAUACAGAUAGCACCAGUGCAUGUUGUGGCUUUUUUGCUUUUUGCCCUGCUAUUUGCUUUCGCUCUUGCUUCUGCUUUGCUUCUGCUUUGGUUGCUCUUGCUUUUUUUCCCCCCUUCUCAUUAGUUACUUUAGCUAAACAGUCCAAAUUCCUUUCUGGACUGUUCCCCCCACCCCGUUGGACCUGCUGACUGCUCCGGACUGGGAUUUAGAACACGGAGAGAGAGGUUACACCUUGUGACUGCAGCAGCUGCCUCAGCGCCGGAGGGACUGAUAACAGAGCAAACACUCAGGAGAGACUUUCUGAAUUUGUCAUCUUUCUCAGAGCAGUGGAAGAGUGGUGUCAUCCGGGUUUGGACGUGGCAGAGGGAAAGGAGCAGGGAGGUUUUCAACCCAAGGCAUGGGGACAUUCAACCCUGCAGACUAUAUGGAGUCUUCUGCCACUGAUGGCUUUGGGACAAAAUCAGAGAUUUGGGAGACUGGUCAGAAUGAUGCAGAUGAUGGAACUGGAGCAUGGAAAAACUCAGUAGAAGAAUGGACUGCAGAAGACUGGAAUGAAGAUGAAAAGAAAAAGAAACCAGGCAGUGUUGUGGAGGGUGCUGAUCUUCUCUCGCAGACUCCGGGGGGUCCUGGACGUCCAAGGUCAGGUCCGGAGCCGCUUUCUGAAGCAAAAGUCUUCACUGCUUCCUCUGUUCCAGCUGAGAAUCAUAUGACUCCUAGGCAAAGCAUUGAUUUGGUAACAAUGCUUCAAAAGCCCGAAAAGCCUGUGACCCUUAUCCAAGAGACAGAAGGCAACUCAUUUGAGGCUCCCCAGCAACAAACCUUUGGCCAAGCCCUGGUUUUCACAAAUUCUCAGCACAGCACCCAGAUGGCAUCAGGAACUGGCAGCUCCAGUGCUGUAAACUCUUAUUCUCCUCAAAGUCUGUCUGCAGUUCUUUGUCCUGGCUUUCGAGAACGUGGGUCUCCUAAACUGACAAACUCUACUGGAUCCCAAAUCUUGAACCAAUUGAAAUCUCCAGGUUUGGGUCACUUUACCUCUCAACAAAACAAUAAUAGUUCUACUACCACUACCACAUCAUCCUGGGAUCAAAAACCGCCCAUUACCCAGGCUUCAGUCCUUAGUCAGUUUGACUUGAAAUCGCAGCCUCAACCAUCCCCAGUUCUAAUCCAUCUGACCCAGCGACAGCAACAACAAACACAGACAUCCCCUGUUCCUCCUCCUGGGCUGGAGUCCUUCUCCCAGGUAAAACUCCACGAACCAUUACCAGUAGAUACCUCUACUGCUGUUAGCAAAAUGUUACAGCUCCCCACUAUAUCUAUGGAUAACCAGGAAGUGACUGCCCACCAAACCCAGCAGAAGCAGCUAAAACCACCAAAACGGAGGACAACUCCAGCAUCCAAGAUUCCUGUCUCAGCAGUGGAGAUGCCUGGAUCAGCAGAUGUGACAGGAUUAAAUGUUCAGUUUGGAGCUUUGGAGUUUGGAUCAGAGCCUACGCUCACAGAAUUUGGAUCAACUUCAAGCAGUGAGAAUACCAGCCAGGCAAUCAACAAUAGCUUGUACUCAAAAUCUGUCAAUGAUCCUUUGAAUACCUCUCUGCCAAUAUCCAGUACAGUACAGGAGUCCACCUACACAACCUCUGCUGUCAACUCUUCCAGUGUGACCUGCUCAUCCCAGAGCACCAGCCCAGUAACAACUUCCUCCUAUGAGCAGACUUCUGUGCUUAGUAGGAUAGUGUAUGAAAGCUCCAUGGCUCCAUCUGAACCAACCCCUGUUGCAGUUACAAAUGGACACAACAGUGUUAGAACACAGGCAACUCCUGACACUACUUCAUCAGUUCCUGUGCUUAAGACAGAGCCUUCUCCCUCACUACCUUCUGCUGGUUCUCUGCCCAGCAUGGUGUCCACUACUGCUUCACUUCUGCCUUCAGCAUCGCAGCAUGUAGGAACUUUGCCCAGCUUUUCUCAGUCCAGUGAUCUGGCCAGCAGCUCACUCUCACAGUUAAGCAGCUCCCUUUCCAAUCAUCAGAGCAGCCUCUCCCCUGCCUCAGUGUUGUCUUCAAGCACAUCACAUGUGCACACUAGUGUUGAGAACACAACUUCACUUCAGCCUUCAACAACUUUUUCAACUGCUUCAACCUCAGCCACUAGCACCACCUCUUCUGUUGUCAGCAUGGCAAGCAGUAUGAACACUACAGCUAGCCUUGGCCUGAGUGUUACCAGUGUGUCUGCUACCUCACGGGCAGCUCCCUUAAUGUCUUCAGGCAAAGCUCCCCCAAAUCUGCCUCAAGGUGUAUCACCCUUGUUGCAUAACCAGUAUAUUGUGGGACCUGGAGGACUUCUGCCCGCCUACCCACAGAUUUAUGGUUAUGAUGAUCUCCAGAUGCUUCAAUCCAGGCUGCCAAUGGAUUACUACGGAAUUACAUUUCCUGCUCCUGCAACCUUGACAGGCAGAGAUGGAAGCCUUGCUAACAACCCCUUCUCAGGUGACGUAACAAAAUUUGGCUGUGGGGAUUCUGCCUCCCCUGCUCCUGCUACCACGCUCGCUCAGUCACAGCAGAACCAGACUCAGACUCACCAUACAACUCAGCAGCCAUUCCUCAAUCCAACCCUGCCCCCGGGGUACAGCUUCACUGGGUUACCUUAUUAUGCUGGUGUGCCCGGUGUUCCAAGUGCAUUCCAAUACGGGCCAACCAUGUUUGUACCUCCAGCAUCUGCUAAACAGCAUGGAGUCAACCUGAAUACCACUUCGACUCCUUUUCAGCAAGGGAGUGGCUAUGGGCAGCAUGGCUAUGGGGCAGGCUAUGAUGACUUAACACAGGGAACAGCAGCUGGAGAUUACAGCAAAGGAGGCUACAGUGGGUCAUCUCAAGCACAAAACAAAUCUGCUGGCACUGGACCUGGGAAAGGUGUUUCUGUGACCUCAAGUAACACGGGUGUACCUGAUAUCAGUGGCUCAGUCUAUAACAAGACUCAGACAUUUGACAAACAGGGAUUCCAUGCUGGCACACCACCUUCUUUUAGCCUACCCUCUGCUCUCGGAUCAACUGGGCUGAACCCUGGUGCUGCCCCAGGUUAUGCUCCAGCCCCGUUUCUCCAUAUCCUCCCUGCACAUCAGCAGCCUCAUUCCCAGAUGCUGCAUCACCACCUUCAGCAAGAUGGGCAGGGUGGAUCUGGCCAACGUAAUCAACCCAGCACCAUGCAGCAAAAGUCUCAGGCUACCAAAACCUAUGGUACUUCUCCAUACUGGACAAACUAAAUCCAAAACUGGGGAGGGGGGAGAGAAUGAAAGGAGAGGAGGCAGAAAAAGAGAGAAAAAUAAAAAGCUGACCCCCAUUCCUAGAAUUAUUAGGAGAAAUUACUGCUCAGCCAAACAUCUGUGGGGGAGAACUGCAGCCAGGCAGCCAUUCUCAGUGUGACUUGCCUGCUUCCUCUUGAAGUUGCUGUUGUAUGUAAUAUAUUUAUAUAUGUAUUUGUAAAUGCAAUAGAGGCUAAAUGUGGUUUUCUGCAUCUUGCAGCCUGUUUUAUUUUCUUUGUGGGGAAACUUAUUAUGAAUUUCCCAUCUGCAUCAGAUCAUCCUUCCUUGUUUUUUUAAGCUUUAUAACUCUGUCAAAAGACAAACUGACAAACUGUGCCUUUUUCUUUUCUUUUUUUUUCUCUCUUUUUUUUUUUUUUUUUUGAGCUGGAGCCUAUUUAUUUAAUGCAGUUCUAAAUUCAGGCAAAUAAGACUUGCUUUCCCCCUCCCCCCCCCGAAAAAAAAAGUAAUCAAGAUGUGUCCUGUUUAUUUGAUUUCUGCCCUCAGCACCCAAUAUAGCUGUUACUUGAAAGAGAUAAAAAAGGGGCUGGGGGAAGGGAAAAAAAAACUUGUGGGUCCUUCCUCUUUCUUUCAUCUCCUCAUUCUUUCCUGCUGUGGAAGAUGAACUCUUGUGGGCAGUUUGUUCACUGUGGCCCUGAGCUGCACUUUCACCUUUUUAUUUUUCACUUUUUUAAUAAUAAAGACCUUUUUUUGUUA